AUGGACGAGAUCGCCCCCGAAUACGAUGUCAUUGUCUUGGGCACCGGUCUGACUGAGUGUGUUCUAUCUGGUGUGUUGUCUGUCAAAGGCAAGAAGGUUCUUCACAUCGACCGAAACGAUCAUUAUGGCGGUGAAGCCGCUUCAGUAAAUAUCGAGGCUCUGUUCAAGAAAUAUGGCAACUUCCAAGAAGGUCAGGAACCAUGGAAGAAGUACGGCCGAAUCAACGACUGGAACAUCGAUCUCGUACCCAAACUCCUCAUGGCCAACGGCGAACUCACCAACAUUCUCGUUUCCACCGACGUCACUCGAUACCUUGAAUUCAAGCAAAUCGCAGGCAGCUUUGUGCAGCAAGGAUCAGGCCCCAGGGCAACUGUGGCCAAAGUCCCGUCUACCGCUGCCGAGGCACUGAGCUCUCCGUUGAUGGGACUCUUUGAAAAGAGAAGGGCGAAGAAGUUCUUGGAGUGGGUUGGCUCUUUUGAAGAGAACAACCCCGCCACACAUAAUGGACUCAAUCUCAACAAAUGCACCAUGAGAGAAGUCUACGACAAAUUUGGAUUGGAAGCCACGACCCGAGACUUCAUCGGUCAUUCAAUGGCCCUUUACCCGACGGACGACUACAUCGACGCCCCGGGGCAGGGUAAGGAGACGGUGGAGAGAAUCCGACUGUACGCCAACUCGAUGGCCCGAUACGGCAAGUCACCCUACAUCUACCCUCUGUACGGUCUGGGCGAACUUCCCCAGGGCUUCGCCCGUCUCUCGGCAAUCUACGGAGGGACCUACAUGCUGAACACUUCCGUCGACGAGAUCCAGUACGAAGGCGGCAGGGUCAGCGGAAUCAAGGCCACGAUGCGCGAGCGGGGCGACGACGGAGAGGGGAUGAAGUUCAGCACCAAGACGAAAAUGAUUCUCGGCGACCCGUCCUACUUCCCCGACAAAGUGCAGGUGGUCGGUCACCUCCUGAAGGCCAUCUGCAUCCUCAACCACCCGCUCGACAAGACCGCAGAUAGCGACUCGUUACAGCUCAUCAUUCCACAGUCCCAGGUCGGCCGCAAACACGACAUCUACAUCGCAAUGGUGUCUUCGGCGCACAACGUCUGUCCCAAGGGGUACUACAUUGCGAUCGUGUCGACCAUCGCAGAGACAUCUGCCAACCACCACCUCGAACUUCAACCCGGUCUGGAGCGGCUGGGUAGGAUCGAAGAGAAGUUCAUGGGUCCACCGAUCCCGCUGUACCAACCCCUGGAGAGUGGCGUGAACGAUCAGAUCUUCAUCUCCAACAGUUUUGAUGCUUCGAGUCAUUUUGAGACUGUCACCGAGAACGUUCGGGAUAUUUACCGUAGAGCUAUGGGCGAGGAACUGAAGGUGGAAGGAUUAAGGGAGGGUCAGACGUUGGCUGAAGAGUGA